AUGUGCAACAUGAUGAUGGGGCAGGGACAUAGUAGUUCUAAUGACGUAUGUGCUAUUUGUGGUAAUGUUGGCCAUACUACUAAUGUUUGUCCUUCAGGUAAAAAGAAAAAGGGGCAGCAAUCAAGUGCGCCCAUGCAGAAUGAGGAGAUUGAAGAUCCAUAUGUGCCACCGAAGCCUUAUGUUUCACCUGUGCCUUUUCUGGGUCACUUGAUUAAAAGCAAAUGGGAUAAGUCAUUUUCUGAUAUAUAUGACAUUUUUUCUAAGGUUAACGUGAACUUACCCUUGCUUGAUAUGAUUAGGAACAUGCCAGCUUACCUGAAAUUCUUCAAGGAGUUGAACACCUGCAAGUGUAAGUAUGAGCCGCACAAGAAAGUGAUGAUUUCAGAGACUGGGGAGACUAAAGAUAAACAGGAGUUGGCUUUGAUAGCAGGGGAUGGUGAGUUGAGUGAUAAUAAGGCUAGGGAGUAUGUGGCAGAGUUGGAUAGUGAGAUUAGGGACAUGUCUGAUGAGGAAUUGAGGAUGGCGAUUAAACAUGUCAAUGUCAAGUUAGUUUCUUCGAUUAAAUCCCCACUUAAGCUUAAUUUAAAACCUUUACCACCUCCCCUUAAGUAUGCUUACUUAGGAAAAGAUCAAACCCUCCUUGUGAUUAUAGCUUUAGACCUAACCAUAUCGGAGAAGGAGAAAUUGCUUAGGGCGUUGAGUGGUCAUCAGGCAGCCAUAGGUUGGACAAUAGCAGACAUCAAGGGAAUUAGCCCCACUAUGUGCAUGCAUAAAGUGUUGUUGGAGGAAGAUUCCAAACCAACUAGUGAAGUUCAAAGGAGGUUGAAUUCGCAUUUGCAAGAGGUGGUGGGAGUUAAGGUGUUGAAACUACUUGAUGUUGGGAUCAUUUAUCUUAUUUUAGACAGCAAGUGGGUGAGUCCAGUUCAUGUGGUACUAGAGAAGUUGGGCAUUACUAUGGUAAGAAAUUCUGAUGAUGGUUUAGUGCUGACUAGCAUGAUAAUAGGAUGGCGAUUUUGCAUUGAUUACAGGAAGUUGAAUGCUACAACUAAAAAGGAUCAUUUUCCUCUUCCUUUUAUUGAUCAAAUGUUAGAAAAAUUGGCUGGUUAUUCUUAUUAUUGUUUCCUUGAUGGUUUUUUAGGUUAUAAUAAGAUUCUUAUCGCUCUAGAGGAUCAAGAGAAGACGACAUUCACAUUUCUAUUUGGAACCUUUGCAUAUAGGAGGAUGCCCUUCAGAUUGUGCAAAUGCUCCAUCCACGUUUCAAAGAUGUAUGAUGUCCAUUUUUUCUGA